UCGGUAUGAAGAAGAUAUAACACAAUACAUGCCCAGAAGUCUGUUUAUUGAUGAUAGUGACAGCUUGCCCAAAUUUGUCCCGAUGUCCGGUGAGGAGAAGUCACAGAUCGACAUUAAUGCGAAAAGCGGGAAGCAUGAGGACGUCAUAAAACCGAUUAAUAAAGAUGGAAGGGAUCGUACUGUGGUAGAUUCCAUUGAUCAAUUUCUCAGUUUAAAUGAUGACCUGUCUGCUACCUGUACGCCAGUCCCAGAAAGCGCACAAUUAUCCAAAAUGACCAAUAAAAAGGAAGACUAUCAGUUUGAAGAGGAUAGAACACGAUACAUACCCAGAAGUCUCUUGAUGGAUGAUGAUUAUAGUUUACCCCGUUUUCCGACGGAUCAAUUAUCUAAUACGCCAGUCAAAGAUGUGCCGCAGACUGAAUUGGGUAAAGAAACCGAAGAGCCGGAGGACGUCAUUAAUUCGGAUACACAGGAUCUUUCUGGACUUAACCGAUUUAAUGAAUUCCUUCACUUAAAUGAUGAUCUAUUUGCUACACUUAAGUCAGUUCUAGCAAAGGCUGUUACGCCGUUUAUCCCUAGAACUCUUUAUACUGGUUGCACAGACAGUUCACACGAUGUGCCCAAUAAAAAAGAAGAUUGUCGGUUUGAAAAAGAUAUAACCAUUCCCAGAAAUCUCUUCAAUGACGAUGAUGAUAGUUUACCCGGUCCAUCCGAUCAAUUAUCCAACACUCCCGGUGGAGACAACCCGCAGACUGAUCUUGAUGGAAACGAAGAGCAGGAGGAUACAGAAGAUCGUUCUGGAAUAGAUUUAUUUAAUGAAUUACUUCACUUUAAUGAAAAUCUGUUUGCUAUGCAUACGUCAUUUCCAGCAAGGAGUGUAACGCCGUUUAUCCCUAGAACUUUUUAUACUGAUUAUACAGACAAUUCAGACGAGAUGACCAAUGAGAAAGAAGGCUAUCGGUUUGAAGAAGAUAUAACACAGUGCAUGCCCAGAAGUCUCGUCAUUACUGAUGAUAACAGUUUACCUAGUUUUUCAGGGGAUCAAUUAUUCAACAAGUCGGGUAAAGAUAAUCCGCAGACUGUGCUUGAUGAGGAAAUCGCAGUGCAAGGCGAAGAGUUGUUUCACUCUCUGUCGUCCAUCGGGUUUAACAGGAGCGCGCCGUUUCUGACUAUACAAAUGAGGGGCGUUUGUUUGUUGUAAAAACACAACAUUCACUUUUUAUGACAUUUUUAGAAAGAGCAGCACCUAAUUUAAGUGAAACUGCGCAGGUCUCUACCGAUAUGAAGGUUUAUUCUGGAAUGAACGUGACUGAAUUUAAUAAACCACCGUCAGCCAUGGCCAUUGCAAACGAUAAAGAUGAAGUGCCUUGAUUUUUCUUUGGAACGGAAUUUCAAAAUUUAUAGUGACGUUAAUUAUUUCAUUGUUUAAUAGAGUUGUAACAUUGCAUUAAAUGAGUUCAAUAAAAUAUGGCUCACUUUUCCGAGUCAAGAUAAA